AGUCCUCCUCCUGUCAGUAUAUUAACUCAUGUGCCUGCAGGGGAAGAGGAGGUGGGCUGUUGGUUAAAGGCUUGAACGCUGCUUUUCAGCACUUUUGGCUGGGCCACAGAGAGAUUUUGUUGAUUUGUCUGUCUGUUUGUGUGUGGGGUCCCUGAGCCAUCAUGAAUCCGCCCUGUGGAAGAUGCAAUAAACCAGUUUACCCCACAGAGAAAAUUAAUUGCCUUGACAAGGUAAGAUGAUACAACUUGUUUCAGUCAAUUACUAAAUAUGCAUUUUUAUACUGUUAUAUACUUUCCUGGUAGCUGUUUCAGCUUUUAAAAUACAGAAAAUAGUAGUAUUCAUCAAUUAAAAAAGUCCAAAUAUGUUGAAUUCCAGCAUCCUCUGUUUAAGUGAUAUUUGUAAGAUUUAUUGUAACUGAUUUAAUGACUUUUUUUCUCUUCAAAUAAUCUGUCAGAUAAUGUGUUAAUUGUCUCUUUAUUCAGACAACACAGCAGAAAUAUUGGUUUCAUUAAAAAAAAAAGUUGCACAAAUAAACAGUGAGGGAGCAUGAGAAGGAAAACCACAGCGGGUAAAUAAACACUGACCACAAACCUCAAAAUGUUAAAACAGGACAGCUCAGAGAUACUGUGUGAGUGUGCGUUUGUGUGUGUGUCCUUCAAUGGUCUCUAACAGCUUGUUAGGAUGUGCAGCGAUAAUGUCACUGCAAGCAAAGAAAGAACCAUCUGUCACCACAACAAUAAAGGUUAAUUCAAUUAUUUCAUGCUGAGGGUUGGAUCACUCACAGAGUUAAGAGUUUGCUAAGUUAGUUUGUUCAUAUUUUAGGGAUGGAAAGUGUUCGGAAAGGCGAAAUUUCCAAUCAUUAAUGUGACUGGUUGAAUAUUUAAAUCAAAAAGUGACAUUUUCUAAGUAAAUUUUGCUCUAGUGAAACAGUUAAUAGAUACGUACAAGCAUCUUUUUUCAGGUAAAUACAUUUAAACUGUUUUAAUGGAGGCCAACAUAUGCUAAACUGUGAUUCUGCCAUGUGCUGCAGACAGUGCUAAGAGUCUUGCAAAGAGGUGAGGCCAGUCUGCAGUAAUGAUGAUAUCAAUACCAUAUCAUAAUAGUAUGAUUUUAUGCAUAAAAAAGUUAAACAUCAGCACAAAGUUUCAUAACAAUAAAUAUGUCUGUUUGUUUUGAGCCUUAUCCUUAUGUGGUAAUUUUGCACAUCUCUUUUUGGCACACGUUCAGCGCAAAGUUAGGAGAAACAGGGCAACAGCUGCACGCUCAUGUACAGCAGUGAAAGACUUUUCCCACUCUGGGAGUACAAGUUAUAUUUAGUUUAAUAUUCUGUUUAAACAAACAAAAUGUUUGAUUUUAAACUAACAGCAAAGCAGAGUGAGGCCUGGAGGUUUGAAUAACAUAUUGCUGGGUUGAUUUUUGACUUUUUGCUCUUCUUUUUACUCUCCAGUACUGGCACAAAGGUUGUUUCAGCUGCGAGGUUUGCAAGAUGGCGCUGAGCAUGACAACCUACAAAGGCUUUGAGAAGAAACCUUACUGCAGUAUGUGAGUGUUUACAGCAGAGAGAUCAUCCUGAUGCUUAAAAUGGACCCUUAAGUUCAAACAAUUAGAUUAACAGGACAACAGCUGAUUAUGUGUUGAAUCUGACAUUAUAAAACUAUCUGCAAAUUUAGAAACGCUGUAUUUUAAUCUGUAUGUCUUCUGAUACUUGACCUUUUUUUCGUAGUACAUUUAUGACUGUCAAAGCAACAAAUGGUCCACAUUUUUCAAGAUUUUUGGUUGUUUUGUUUCAGACUGAACCUUUAAUGACAAACUAACAUCAACUGUUGAAGGAACUGAAACAACUGAAUUACAUCAGCAAUUAUUUGAAAUAACCUGACAUUAAAGUUUGGCUUUUUAACUCCAGGAAAGGCAUUAUUUAUAGAUAAGUCAAAUUUAAUCCAAUAGUGUCCUGAAAAAAGGAUGAUAUAAACAGUGAAGUUAAUUAAAGGAACAAUGGCGAUGUUAGCGGCAAUUUAUACCCUCAUGAAAAACUACAAGACACAGGGAUCGAGGAUGUGGGAUUACAUGCAAACGUGUUUGUGUAGUGAUAAAAUCAAUGUAUUUAGUUCAGUGUAAAAAAAUCAUGUUGGCGAUGGUCUAACUUGCUUUAGUAGAUCACAGAAAGACAUCAAUGUGAAUUUCAGUAUUUUUAUUAACUUUGAAAAAACCUCUCACAGGAGCUUUAAUGAAUGGAAAAGUAACUAAAGUAGGGGUGUACAAAAUACUUAUAUUAAACCAGAACUUGUUUUCCAAGUGAGACAUGAGUGUUGGUAAAACUGAUCCAAAAUGAAAACUUAAUCAACUUUUCAAAUUAUUUGUUUAAACUAAAGCGUUUGCAUUUAAUCGAUCAGCUGAUAAUAAGUUAUACAUCACAUGCCAUGUUAUCUGGAGUAAGAUUAAAGGGGCAUUUAAAGCUCCAGUGAGGAACUGCAGCCUCUGUACAUGAGGCACCCGCUCUUCCACCUGAAAACAGGGAGGGGUAAAAUGCAACAACAGCCUGCCAAUUUGUAUUGAAUAUGUUUUCCUGUAAACAGCCUUAAAAACUUCAACAAUUUGAAAUCAUUGAAGUCAAAAGGAGCAACAAUCAGAUCAACUGGAAGUUACCUAUUGUAGCUUUAAAAGCAGCAAAAAAACAAAACAAAAAACCUUACGAUUCAAACGUAAUGACGUCAUGGCUAAUUCAUGGUUGUUCUUUAUUCUUGUCUUUUUUCAGGCAUUACCCCAAAACUUCCUUCACCAUAGUGACUGACACUCCAGAGAACCUGCGUCUCAAACAACAGAGCAUGCUCAAUAGCCAGGUCAGACACCCCUUUACCAGUCCUGUCACUCAAAUCUGUCUCCUCCUGUUUUGUUUCUGUAUUCUGUCCACAGCAGAGAUAACUCCUCUUAAUAUUUUUGCGUCAUGUUGACUCAGCGUGUCUCUCCCUCUCUAUCUGUCUUCGUAACUCAGCAGGAGGAGAGGAAUCAUCCUCUACUUUACGAUUGUACUCUUUGAUUGAAUUAAAUGAGCCCUUUGAGCACUGAUACCAUCUAAAUUUGACUUUGAUGUUAAAAAUUAAACACCCAAAAGCAGUAGGAAUUUAAGAACCUGAUCAAAUCUGAGCUGUAGAGGGUAUCACAUGUUUUUCCUUCAUGAUAAAAUGAUGGGCUGUACAUUUAAGACUCUAUCUUCUUUGUGUCCCGUGUGGCAGUGGCUCAACUCAGCCUCCCAGCUGAAGUCCACUGUUCUUAAUCUCUAAUCCAAUCACACCUUUCAGCCUAGUAGAUUAGCCUGAUGUAAAGAACAAAGUGCCUCUUGUCACGGAAAAGAGGAAGAGCUUCCUUUACAUCUCGAUUCAUGCUUCAGUAGUCGUCUUUUCCAGCAGCAGUAGACGGCUUUAGUAACGUUGAUAGAAAUUUAAAUUGUCAGGUUAAGCAGAUCACAAACCAGAAAAAAGAAGUAGGAGAAGUAGGAAGAAGAAGUAAGACAGGCUGUGAAUUUUGCAAAACAAGCGUCCUCAUCUCCCAAACAAAGAGGCCUGAAAAUUUAAAGCUACAGUGAGAAGUUUUUGGAUUUAGAGAAAACCAGACCCUCUGGGACAAUGUUAAGUUACUAUUUAUCCAAUCCAACUCGCUUUAAAAAACAUUCAAGUCUACCAAAGUGCUGCACAAUAAAACUAAAAGAACAGAGGCUGAAAAGAUCAAGAUGAAAUAAAUAAAAGCAGGUAAAAAAAACAUUUAAAAUGAAAUAAAAACACAAAAGCAUAAAAGAAGUAAAAGUGAUAAAAGGACCAUAAACGACGUUAAAGGACAGAGAUCACACAACUCUCAUGCUGAGCUAAAAGCCAAGGAAUAAAAAUGAGUUUUAAGACGUAAUUUAAAAGUAAAAAGAGUGGGGAAUGUUUUAAUCUCGAGUGGCAAUCUGUUCUGUAAUUUGGGAGCCACAGCCGAGAAAGCUCGGUCGCCAUGGGUUUUUAAACGAGUUUUUGGUACCACGAGUUGGAGCUGAUCAGCGGACCUCAAGGAAUGUGUUGGGGUGUAAACAUUUAAGAGGUCGUAAUAUACUAUGGUGCUGAUCCAUUUAAAGAUCUAAAAACGUACUAAAGAGCGUUACAGUAGUCCAAUCAUGUGGAAAUAAAAGCAUGAAUGACUCGCUCAAACUAUCAAAUGACUAUUUAUGCCUGUAAGACUUCCUACAGAAACAUUUUAAAAAAGCCAAGCCAGAUUUAACUAAGAAAAUGUAAAGACUGCAAUACCCUUCCUCUUCCUAGCUUAAGCCACCGACCACCUCUUAAUCUUAAUCUUGCAUGAGUGUUCAACAUGGCUCAGUGUUGUCAGCCAUAAUUGGCCUGAGCCAGUCGAGCUGCAUAUGACUGCUUCUAUUUACUAUUUCAAUUUUAGUGUAACUUGUCCUCUACUUACUUAAACAAUGAUCACAAAAUCAUUCUGCUGACUUUUGACAGUCAAAUUGUAAAAACUGAGCUGUUUCUUCAUCUGCUUGGCUGACACCUACUCCUCUAAAAUAAACACUUUAGCAUUAGAUCAAUUACCCCUGAAUGAGCGCUUACACUUUUUAAAAUAGCAUCUCUAAGCUACAUUGUCAAAACCAGCCAGUUGGAUGAAAGAACGAAGACGCACUGUAAACCAGCCAAGUCUUAUUCUUUAUCAUGUACGUCUUGUGAAGUCGAACACCAUCGAUCUGUUUUUAGAAGUUACCGAAAAUUACCCUAAUGAACACACCGCACAGGCUAAAAACAGCAUAUGUGAAGCUGUUUGAUAUGAACCUCAAGAGUGACACACAUCUAUGCCUUUACACAUCGACCUCUCCAUCUCUGCAACCACGGUCAACUUUCUCAGAGCUCAAACGACAGAAAUAGUCUUGAACUAGUGUAUGAUGCAACCACGCGGCCUAAGAGUGAGUGCGUCCAUUUCUGGUAAAAACGCUCAAUGAUCUCUUUGUGUAACUUCAUUUUAUUCUUAUGCUGCGUGUUGUUAAGAUAACAUCAGUCAGAUUUACACCAAAAGCUGUUUCCCCCACUCUCUAUCCUUCCCUCCCGUCUCAUCCAACCGGCCCAGUUCGUUGUUUAUAACCAUAAAAGUCCUGGCAGUCCAGCUCUCUCACUGAGGCAGCAUAUUCCUCAUAGCAAGGACAUGACUCACUUGUGUGUGUGUGUGUGUGUGUGUGUGUGUCAGUGUGUGUGUAUGUAAAAUAUGUGCGGAUCUCAGAUUUACUUAAAGUAAACAUUUCAGAUUUUGUUUAUUUUUGCAAGUGUUUCCCCCGGGGCUAAAACUUAUGGCGAAUCUCAACAUACCAUUAUUUAGAGCGUGUGUGUGUGUGUGUGUGUGUCCGUGUGUGUGUGUCCUGCUUUGUAUCUUUCCAGCUCUUGUAAUGAAUGAAACCUCCGUGAGCUAAUUUUGAGAAACUGAUUCUUAAAGUCCUGAUAAAUGAAACAUUUCCAGGCGCUCUAUAAGGAGGAUUUUGAAAAGAACAAGGGGAAAGGUUUCAGCGUGGUGACCGACACUCCAGAGAUGCAGAGGCUAAAGAAGACCCAAGACCAGAUCAGUCACGUAUGUCUGGUUCAUGGAGAAAACUGCGGAUUCCUAAUCUUGUAACACCGUUUCUCACCUUCGUCUUUGUUUGUCUCUGCAAUCUCAUCAACUCACUUUUUGUUUUUACCGUUCUAGAGACAUUAGAGGAGUUUUAGAGUUGUCGACCUCUAUCUGUGUAACUGUAUUUGUCUGCAUGUCUGUCUGCACUUUGUUAGAAGUUUGUCCCAAAAAUUGCUUGUUAAAUCAUGUCUUACUGGUUUGAUCCAUGCUGCAUUCAGAUUACCAAACAAGUGUGGUUUAUGAAACAUAUGAACGUUCACCUUUAUCCUUUUAAAUCCUGCUUUAAUUUUGACAUAUCUCAUGUAAGGCCACACUGUAUACGGUAAAAAGCACUAAUACCAAGAAAAAUGCAGAAUGUAAUGUAUUUUAGCUAAGCAAACGCCGAACGAAUGACAUAAUAUGAGGCGCACAACUCAACUUACCCAGUAGAGGGCGCGUAUGUGACACACAGAGUCACAAAUUACAUAAUAUUCAAUCGUUUCCAGUGAGAGUUGGACUCCGCCAGGGCUGCCCUUUGUCACCGGUUCUGUUCAUAACCUUUAUGGACAGAAUUUCUAGGCGCAGUCGGGGGGUGGAGGGUGUCCAGUUCGGCAGGCAGAGGAUCACGUCGCUGCUUUUGCUGAUGAUGCGGUUCUUCUAGCUUAGUCGAGCAGUGACCUUCAGCUCUUGCUGGGGCGGUUCGCGGCUGAGUAUUAAACGGCUGGGAUGCAAAUCAGCACCUCCAAGUCCGAGGCCAUGGUCCUCAGUCGGAAAAAAGGUAGAUUGCCCUCUCCGGGUUGGAGGGGAGGUCCUGCCUCAAGUGGAGGAGUUCAAGUAUCUUGGGAUCUUGUUCAUGAGUUAGGGUAGGAUCGGAGCGGCGUGAGCAGUGAUGCGGACGCUUAACCGAUCUGUCGUGGUAAAGAAGGAGCUGAGCCGUAAGGCGAGACUCUCGAUUUACCAGUCGAUCUACGUGCCAAUCCUCACCUAUGAUCAUGAACUUUGGGUAAUGACCGAAAGAACAAGAUUGCGGAUACAAGUGGCCGAAAUGGGUUUCCUUCGCAGGGUGGCCGGGCUCAGCCUUAGCGAUAGGAGCUCUGACACUCGAGAGGCGCUCAGAGUAGAACCGCUGCUCCUCCACAUUGAGAGGAGUCAGCUGAGGUGGUUUGGGCAUCUGGUUUGGAUGCCUUCUGGACGCCUCCCGUUCGAGGUGUUCUGGACAUGUCCCACCGAGAGGAGACCUCUUGGCUGGCCCAGGACCAGGUGGAGGGAUUAUAUCUCUCGCUUGGCCUGGGGAUUCCCCAGAGGAGCUGGUGGAAGUAGCUGGGGUGAGAUCUGUCUGGGCUUCCCUCCUGAAGCUGCUGCCCCGCAUCCCAGACCCUGAUAAGCGGAAGAAAACGAUGUCAAAUCAUGGCAACAGACAGCUAAUGUAAUCAACAACACUGUUGCAUUUGCGCUGAUUAAUGGCUGUUUAGCUUGUAGCUAACUUUAUAAUGACUUCAGCUCCAAAUUUUCAGUAGUUUUUCCUUUAAAAACAAACAGGGCAUUUGUGUUUUCACAAUGUUGUACCUGUUUUUUUUUUCAGCAUCUUUAAGCAGCAAAAUUAACAGAAUUCAACCAAGAUACUGUAAAUUAGCAUCUUCAGUUGAGGGGAAUGAUAAAACUGUGCAUGAGUUAACAAGUGUUUCACAUCAAGUGUGUCAUUGACAGUAACUAAAACUUGUCUUUAAUGUUCAAGAAAUCUUCUAACUUGGUGUGACUCUUUGUGUUAUUGGGGGUGAUUGAAAAGGUGGAAAACUAACCCUCAUCUAUAUCGUAAAUAUGAAGCUACCGCUAAUGGUUUGUUAGCUUAGCAAAAAGAGAGGGACACCAGACAGAAAGCCUGUCUCUGUCUAAAUAUUGACUUUGGAGGUACUUGUGUCAAAGUUUUGCCAGGAUUCAGUCUUCAUAACAUGCUAAGCUAACUAGCUGUUGGUUGUAGCUUCAUGUUUUGCUUACAGAAAUGGAAAAGCGUCGAUCUUUCAUCAUAGGAGGGAUUUUCCACUCAUCAAACUUUGGCUGUUAGAUGUGGUUGAUGUUUAUUUCCUGACAUUUAAAUCUGUUGUCAUAAACUCCAGGCUCUUUACAAGGAGGACUUUGAGAAGAGCAAGGGGAAAGGUUUCAGCGUGGUGGCCGACACUCCAGAGAUGCAGAGGCUGAAGAAGACGCAAGACCAGAUCAGCAAUGUGAGUGCGACAUUUUACAGGGACGAACCCAGAGAUCAGAGGGAAAUGAGAUGAAGAUGAGAAACCUCAGAUAUGAGCUACAGCUCGAGCGAGGUCUUUCAGGCGCGAUAAAAAAAACACAACAGUCCAGCCAGAAAACAGUGUGCUGAAAUGGUCCAUGAAGCAGAGACAGGACCAGGACACAGAAACAGGGAAUAAUGUCAGACCCUGCAGAGACCCACAGGAACAUUUCAGACAUUUUUUUUCAGUCCACUGAGGAGCAGCUGCCCUAUAUGGUCAAAGUCUCUCAGCUGUGGACACACAGUGAACGAUCGUUCUCUACUGCUGCACGCACAUACUCUCACACACACACACACACGUACACAUGUACACGCACACACACACACAAACUUUCCCUCUUCUCCUCUGAGACCUCGUUCUGGUCAGAGAGGAAUGAUGGGUGAUAAGCUGCAUGUCAAAAGAGCAAAACUUUUUCCUCUGCUUCCUUCCAAACUUUUCUCACUUCCUUUUAGUCUGUUUCUGUCUUCCUUCUUUUUGUUUUUCUUUCUUUUUGUUUUCCAUCUUCCUUUCUCUUUUUGUCAUCAUUUUACCUCUUAAGUUUCCUUCCCAUCUCUCUUUAAUUUCUUUUCUCCUUAUUUUUGUCUUUCUCCUCUCUCCUGUUUUUUUUCUAUCUUUCUUAAUUUUUGUUUCUUUUCCUUCACUUUUUCUUUUCUGCUUUCUUUCUUUCUUUCUUUCUUUCUUUCUUUCUUCUUGGCUGUUUAGCUCUCUUUUUCCAUUUUCCCUUUCCUAUUCCUUCCUCAUUUUUUUACUUACUUACUCUCUUUCUUUCUUUCUUUCUUUCUUUCUUUCUUUCUUUCUUUCUUUCGUUCUUUCCUUUUUACAAACUUUCUUUACUUUCUUUCUUUACUUUCUUUCUUUCUUAUUCAGCUCUCCUUUUCCAUUUUUCCUUUUCCUAUUCUAUCCUCUCUUUUUUCUUUAAAUUGGUUUAUUCUUUCUUUUCUUCAUCUCUUAUUUUUUUCAUUCUUUAUCCUUCCUUGCCUCCAUCUUUCCUUCUUGCUUAUAUAUGUUUUUUUUUCCUUCCUGCUUUUAUUUGUCAUUUUUCUGACUGUUUUCCUUUGACCAUCCUGUUUUCUUCUUCUCCUCCGUCUCGCCUGUUUUCUCUCCCUAACACUCCUCCCAUGUUUUCUCAACAUGUCUCGCUGCUGUUCGCUCCCCUGGGGUCUGCUGAGGACAGUGGGUGGUGGUGAAGGGGGAGGUGGGGGUGCAGUCUCCUUAUUAAACAUCCAGUUUCCUUGUCUAGUCUGCGAAAAGUGGAGCUGAACUUGAUUUAAUUUCAAGAGAUGGAAAAGAUCAGGUCUGAAAAGCACAAACUUUUCUCUGUUUGAAUUUGUCAAAAAUCAAAACAUUUUGGAUAAACAUGUUUCUAUCACUACAGUUCAUCUUUUGUCUUGAUAAAUUCUUAAUAUCUUGACAUAGAAAGAGGAAACUUGAUGCUAGAAAAGAGAAAUAAAGACAUAAAAGAAAGUUCGGACAGAGAAGAGCUUCAGUGUUGGACAGCUUCACCUCUUUGAGUUGUUGCUUUAGCGGCCGAGAUAACUCCCCUCAUCAUCUCACAGCACCUCCUUACAUGGUGACCCAGGCUGAAGAGUGUGUGAGUGCUGGUUUGAUUUUUAAGUGUGUUUUUUUUAUGUGUGUGUGUGUGUGUGUGUGUGUGUGUGUGUGUGUGUGUGUGUGUGUGUGUGUGUGUGUGUGUGUGUGUGUGUGUUUCAGAUAAAGUACCAUGAAGAGUUUGAGAAGAGCCGAAUUCGGAGUGACGCGCCUCCUCCUGAAAACAGACAAGGUGGGAGACAUGAAACUCUAAACAGCGUCAUUUCACAGUUUGUGUUUUUAUUCACAGUGUGUGUGUGUGUGUGUGUGUGUGUGUUUUCAGACUAUGAAGGCCAGCCAGCCAACCCUGAGAGAGUCGCUCAGCCAGUGGGACAAGUGCAUCCUGCUACCAUAGCACCACCUGCUGGAGGGGUGAGGCUAUUACAUAAACACACACAUCUCAUGUGGACACCUGUAUGUUACAUCCUUAUGGGACUGAUUAGUCAUUCAUUUUCCUGUUGACCUGUGGUUACUGUGAGUUUGCAUUUGUGUAGUUUGCUUCCUGUUUGUGCAUUUGUUUGUUCAACGUUAAUCUCGCCAAGUAGGAAAAUGAAUGCAAAUCAGUUUGGAGUCUGCCUACUUUGUGUUUUAUGGUCAGUGCAUCUGUGUGAGACAAUUCCUGUAUGUGCUCACAGAAACGUUUCCAGGCCAUCUACAGCUACGCAGCAGCAGAAGGAGAUGAAGUUUCUCUCCAGGAAGGCGAUGUGAUCCUAGACGUGGAGCCGAUAGACGAGGGGUGGAUGUUCGGAUUCAACCAGCGCACCGGACAGCGAGGCCUGCUGCCCGCUAACUACGUCCGACCUGUGUGAAGCAAAUCCACCCGCUCUGUGAAUCUGCUGUCAGCAACAAGAAAAUCUGGCUGCUUUCUAAAAAUGUGGAAAAUAGCAAUUAUUUUUUUUUAACCUUUCCUAAGACCGCCUCAAGUUUGCAUUUUUUCGACCGAUUCAGAGGAAGAUGGGACACUUUGGCUUCAUUGAAAAAGACAAAAGUGCGGUUUCACUUUUGGAUUAAAAUGACGUGAAGUGGUGAAGUGUCUGUUACUGAAACCCCAAAAAAAACAGGAAGCAGGAGAGAAAAGCAGAGGUAUUUAACAAAAAAACAGAAGUACUAUAAAUACAGCUACAGUUUUCACACUGCUUCUCACACCUCUCCCUCUUUCUCAGGUAACAUUUACCUAUUUAUGUACAUUUCUUGCAGCAGCUGAGGGCAGCUCCUACAGAAACAGAUGCUUUAGGUCUGAAAUAGUCGAGUUUUAGGCAGUUGAACUGAGGAAUUCAUGCUUUGACAUUUUCUAAGACCCAUUUAACCCAUGUAAGCGGAUUUCAUUAAAGGAGAAUAUUUAACUCCGA